AUGGUUCGAUCUUUUACCCUCGCAGCGGCGGCUGCUCUGCUGUCUGCUCCGCUAGUUAGCUCUCACUACAUCCUCAACAUCCUCAUGCACAAUGGCAAGCAAGUCGGCGGUGAAUACACAUACGUCCGAAAGAACUCCAACAGCUACAUGCCGUCUUUCAUGGAGAUUAUCGACUCAAACGAUUUGAGGUGCAACAAGGGCGCUACCAGUGCCGGAACUAAGACUUACAUGGAUGUUAAGGCUGGAGACAAGAUCGGUCUCAAGCUGUUCAACAACGAAUUCAUUGAGCACCCGGGUCCAGGAUUCUUUUACAUGUCCAAGGCCCCUGGCAAUGUUAGCGACUACGACGGAUCUGGCGAUUGGUUUAAGGUUUGGGAAUCUGGCCCAACCGGAAGCCCAACCAGCACUGGUGGCUGGCCAACCUACGGCAAAUACACCAUGGAAUUCACUCUGCCAACGACUCUUGAGGAUGGUGAAUACCUCCUCCGAGGAGAGCACAUCGGUAUCCACGAGAACCACGCUGGAAAGCCCCAGCUCUGUAAGUUAUUGCAACCUCUUCAGACGGACGGUACAUUUGCUGACAACUAUAUCUACGUAGACAUGGAGUGCGCUCAGAUUCGCAUCACCGGAGGCACCGGUACGGCCAAGCCAUCUCCGCUCGUCAAGAUCCCCGGAAUCUACAGCAAGACAGACCCUGGUCUCACCUUCAACUUCUGGGGUGGUGCUGGCGCUUACGUGAUGCCCGGACCCGCCGUCGCGACGCUCUAG